CAAAGCUUCUUAACUGUUCAGGCAAUAAAUUUCUUUUUGAGUUUGUUUGCUUCUUGUUCUCCCAUUGCUGCAUUAACAAACAUAACUCUUUGAUUUGAUAACAGCUGGAUUUAAUUUUAUUUUUAUUUUUAUUUUAAUUGAUAAUUCCAGUACAAUGAUUGAGGGCAGAUCUGAAGACAAAAAGGGUCAACCUGGUACUACAACGCUGUUUAGUAAUAAAGCUAUAGAUAAGUGUCUUUAACACAACAUGUGUCUGCACUUUUUACUUUCUUAAUCCAGAGUCAUAACUAAUAUUCAAUCAUUUGUGUGCUUCCUUGUGGAGUUUUCUGUCAGAAUACUUGAGGAUAUUUCUGUUUUAUGUACUUAGGUUGGGCGUUUUUCCACCAUAAACGGUAAUAUGAUCAUCAGGAUGUACUGUCAUAUAAACUGGCUUCCAUGACUUGAGGUCAUAUUAAUUUGUUCUGCUUUUUUGCUUCAUUUUAGGAUCCGGGUUCUGUCUUUUGGAAGAAAGCCAACACUAAACAAAGGGGUUAGACACAUGUUUAUGUAUAUGCUGAUGAUGCCAUCCUGUUUGUUCAGGUUUUGCAUAAAUAAGGCCCCAUGAUGAGCUCCUUCUGCACUUCUUCUUCUUUGUGUUUGUUGCUUUGUAGCAGCAGGUGAACAUCUGGGACCAUGACUUCACUACGAUGGAUGAUCCUCGUCUGCUUUUCCCUGAUCUCAGUCAUUGGGACAGGAGAGAGUUUGACACCAAUUGAACCAUCUAAAACUGUGGCACCAAGUUCUCUGGCUGCAAUCAUUGCUGGGAUGAGCAAACCAAUUGCUGAUCUGAAUGCCAGCUACAACAAACUCUUGGCUCAAAAAAAGGGGAUCUCAUGUCCCUGCAGCGCCUCUGUAAUCCAAGCUUGUAACAACCAAAGAAAUCUUCUGAACAGAGGACUGAUUUCAUGUGGUUCACAGCUGAGCUCAGCGAAUGCCCAGAGAAGCUCACUGCAGCAACAAGUGAAUGUCCUCAAUUCACAGCUGAUUUCAGCGAAUGUCCAGAGAAGCUCACUGCAGCAACAAGUGAAUGUCCUCAAUUCACAGCUGAGGUCAGAGAUUGCCCAGAAAACCUCACUGCAGCAACAAGUGAAUGUCCUCAAUUCCCAGCUGAGUUCAGCCAAUGCCCAGAUAAAGUCAUUGCAGCAAGAAGUGACUGUCCUCAGGUCCCAGUUGAGUAGCGGGAGAAAGUUACCACAGAACCCAAUAAUUGCUAAGUAUCAAAAUUUGGGAUGGCCAUAUUUCCGUGGAAGUCUUUAUUACGUCUCUACAACCACUGCAAACUGGCAGAACAGUAGAGAUGACUGUUUGUCAAAGGGAGCAGACCUGGUGGUCAUCAAUGACGCUGCUGAAAACAAUUUCGUCAGAGGAUUUCAACGCAAAGCCUGGGUCGGUCUGUACAAAUCAGGAUCCACCUGGAUAUGGGUGGAUGGACGUAUCCUAUCACCUAGUGUCAGCUAUUGGGCUCCAAGAGAACCUAACAAUGUUGGGAACCGGGAAGAUCGUGUGGAACUACAGCGCUACAACGAAUUCAACAGCUGGAAUGAUGAACCGUGGACCACUAAUAACUACUGGAUCUGUGAAAAGAAAGUUGUUUAGUGGAAACACUGGAAACUUUCUGAUCAUUCAUUAACUAUAGCUUGAUAUUUGCUGAGGUUAAAAACUUCAUGCAGAUCAUCUGCUGUCCUUUCUGCUUUACUUUUCAGACAUAAUGAAAACAUAUUAAUCUGUGGGUAUAAUGGGGUUGAUUAAGGAAUUUAAUCUUUUACUGCUACUGCAUACUUUUCUGUGGCUCAAUAAAGCAUCGCAAAAUGAA